CAACCCGCGGAAGCGGCGCACCCGCCGCCUGGGAACCGCUGUAAGCGUGCGGAUCGCAGCUCGGGCGUCGGCGGUCGGCCCCUGCUUCAGGUAACCGCGCCUCCCGCCCCCUCGCCGCCACCCUAUAUGUGGCCCGCUGCGGCCGCCGGGCCAUGGAGCGCGCCCGCCGUCCUGCGCGAUGGAGCUGGCUGAGCGGUUCCUGUUGGACGCGCUCGCCUACCUGGAGUGCGCCCUCGGCUUCCUAUGCUUCGCGCUGCUCACGCUGUUCGGCUCGCCCUACGGGCGCUACGCGACGCAGCCCUCCGCCUGGCAGCUGACGGCGCCCACCGCCUGGGCCGUACAGGAGCUGCCCUCGCUGGCUGUGCCGCUCAUCGUGUGCGUCGCCACGGCUGCCGAGCGCCUCCGCCGCUGGCCCAACCGCAUCCUCCUAGCCAUGUUUAUCGUCCACUACAUACAACGGUCCUUGAUUUUCCCGUUUCUGAUCCGAGGAGGAAAGCCGACACCAUUGUACUCGUGUGUGCUGGCGUUCGUGUUCUGUACCUAUAACGGCUACUUGCAAAGCAGAUACUUAAGCCAAUAUGCAGUGUAUGCUGAUGACUGGGUCACUGACCCCCGAUUCCUAACAGGUUUUGUCUUGUGGUUAGGAGGCAUGCUGAUAAACAUCCACUCAGAUUACAUCCUAAGGAAUCUCAGGAAGCCAGGGGAGACUGGCUACAAAAUACCGAGGGGAGGCUUGUUUGAAUAUGUGAGUGCAGCCAACUACUUCGGAGAAGUCAUGGAGUGGUGUGGCUAUGGCCUGGCCAGCUGGUCUGUCCAAGGGGGGGCCUUCGCACUCUUCACCUUCUGCGUCUUGCUCUCCAGAGCACUGCAGCAUCACCGGUGGUAUCUUGCGAAGUUUGAAGAUUAUCCGAAGUCCAGAAAAACUAUAAUUCCAUUUUUGUUUUAAGUCCAUUGUCAAUGGAAUUAUCUUCGACUUGAAGUUUUUAGAUGUUUCUAUGGGGAUUACACAAAUGCAUUAUUUCUCAGUAGUUUUUAUCUUUUUCAAGAUUUGCUCUAGGAAUUGUUUUCCUAGUACAUUUGCAAGCUACCUAAUAACAAGCUAAUCAAAUGAAAUGUAGGUUAAAGUGUCGCACUGUGUUGCAGGGUAGGACUGUGGAACUCUGGGUAAUUACCACUCUCCAUCUCUCUGAUUUCGGGCUUACCUUUUUGGGUUCUACACAGCGAAGCGUGCACAAGACCAGAAGGUGCCCGCUGUCCUCAAUGGCCUCUAUGGACCGGAACCUUCCACUACCCCUUGGACAACCCCCUACAACUGGUUCAAGGUCAAGGGCGAUGACCCCUCCCCCCAUAGAGGUGUGAUCUACCUUCAAGGACCCUCUCGUCCUGCUGAGUCAGAGAGGCCUGGGGUGCCCACGGUGCAGUCACAGACUCAGGGAAAGUCAUGAGUUCUCCCUGUUGGGUCCUGUGUAGGCGGAGAGCACGGGAAGAGAGAGGACACGCGGUGGCCCAGGUGAGGCCUGGCUCAUCAGGUGACUGCACUCAUCAUCAGGUGGGGCGGCCCCCACCCCGGCCCCUAGUCUCCGGUCACUCCGUCAGUCUCCAGUCUUCUCUGGUCCGAGGUGCUUUUCCUCCCCCCCCCCCCCCCCCCCCCCGUAUUUCCCUUCUGAGCAGAACUAGAAUGUCUUAAGGCGUUGUGUUAAGUGCUUCUCAAUGUUGCAGAACCGUAUGUUGAAGCAGAAUGUCUUCCAUGCACGGAAGGGUCCGCGGCGAUAACCGGCACUAACAACCCCACCGCUCGCUGCCAGGUGUCUCAGAGCACACCAGGCGGCGAGAGGAUCUGCGGGCACCGCGGCCUGGGACAGAGCAGCCCCAGCCGCCGCCCCUUGCGCGGGGGGCGGCGACCAGAGGAGAAGUGGAAACGCGAGGCGGCGCUCGCUUCCGCCCAGAGCCCCCCCAGAGCAGCCUCACGCUGCUUCCUGGGGGCUCACGCCGCGCCCCCGCCCGCGCCACGGGGCUCGCCUCCCACGCGGGGCUCCUCCCUCCCGAGUUUUCACGCAGACACUGUAUCCUCAGUGGGCUGUGAGAAUCACACAGAAAGCUUCCUGAUGCGGCUGCGCGUCGUUUUCGCUCAAAACGCUCAUCACCAGGAACUUUUGUUAUUAAAUGAACUUCGGCCCUUUUUGUGACCCCAUGACCAUUUGAAACCAUAGAGCAAUAGACAUUUCGCAUCUCCUCAGGGAAACUCGAAGCCCGGGCCAGCCUUGCCUGAUGUGGGCCCCGCGCUCAGAGGGCGCGCCCGGGCGGAGGGAUGGAGCCACCGAGAAGCGCCCCGGGCUGUGACUCCCGACAGGGCCGCUCUGUGGCUGGAGGGGCGCCUGUACCCAAAAGUCUGAUGCUUGGCCCUGCUUUCCCAGCAUGCACUGGAUGGUGGAUGAUUGACACGGGAAGAAAUCCCGUUUGGGCCUGUCACUCUGCCCUCCGUUUCCUUAUAACUUAGUAAGCUGUCAUUGUACAAUUAGCCAUUGUACUAAUUACACUAAUUAAGGAGAUUAAUAAAGUUACUGUCACAAGUCCAA